AAAGAGUUUACGAGACUCUAAAACAAACCAGAAACUGCCAAAGUCAGGAAUCUCUUGUUUUAUUUCAAUCACAUCUCUCACUCUCUCUCUCCACAAUAAUCCUAUAGAAAGAACCAAAAGAGAGAGAGAAGAUAGUGAAUAAUGGAAGGCUGCUUUUCUUCGUGAAUCUAAAAGACAGAGUCACAGAGAGAUUUUGAGAGCGUCAUCAUAAUUCAUAAAAGGAUCCGUUUCUCAAUCUCUCCCUCUCUCUCUAGCCUUUUAACAAUGAAGAGAAGUUCCAUUUCACUCCUCAGCAGCAUCCUCUGUUCUCUCAUCUUACCCAUCGUCUCAGCCAAUCUACUCCUCGAACCGGUCACACCGAACACCGUACCGGCCUUCCCGGCCGAAACCCAAGCUCAAACCUGCCGCCUCGACCUCUCCGACGAGCUCUUCGGCGGAGUCAAUGAAGCCUGCGGGAGAAACCUCGACCGUAGCCGAUGCUGCCCUGUUCUCGCCGCUUGGCUCUUCGCAGCCCACGCUCGCUCUGCUCUCCAGCUACCGGCUCCCGCUCCGACGCCGGCGUCCUCCGAUCCCGACGAACCAAUGAGACCGGACGACUCUCAGAAGUGCGUCAAUACGUUGCAGAGCGCGCUUUUGACCAAGAACGUCAAGAUCCCGCAGCCUAACACCACAUGCGACGCGAUACUCUGCUUCUGCGGCAUUCGUCUUCAUCAGAUAAGCUCUCUCUCUUGCCCCGCCGCUUUCAAUGUCUCCUCCGGUUUCCGCAACGCGACUCCGACCGCCGCCGUGAAGAAUCUCGAGAAGGAAUGUCGGAACUCUUCUUACUCUGGAUGUACCAGAUGCCUCGGUGCUCUUCAAAAGCUCAAAGUAAAAGGAGGAAGCAAGAAGACAACAACGGAGAGAGCAAGUAAGAUGAUGAGCAAAGAUUGUCAGCUCAUGGGCCUCACAUGGCUACUUGCUCGUAACAAAACGGCAUACAUUCCCACCGUUUCAGCUGUGUUAAGAGCCAUUAUGUAUAGUCCACACCCUCCUCACCUCAACAAGUGUAGUCCUGACCAAGAGAACAUGCCAUUAGCCGUUGACUCUCUUCAGUUCGAGAGGAGCCUCGCUGCUUCGUCAUAUUUUUCUGUGUUUCCGGUUUUACCCCUAAUCCUCUGCAUUUUUCUCUUUCUGUAGUUUUUAAUUUGUUUAUUUUUUGUCGGAGGGAAAGAGAGUCACGUGAAGCUACAAGACAGACUGUGUGCAUGUAAAUGCUUUGCCCCUUUUUGGUUCUAUAUCUCUAACCCUCACCUUUUUAGAUUAAACUGUGUUUGUCUAAUUAAACGCAUUGUCCUAGGUCUUGGAAUUUAAAAUCAUCUUGAGGCUACAAAGUUGUCAUAUUGGACUAUAUAAGAUCCAUAUCAUGUGCACUUAUUAGUAAUUAACAAGAAAUAAAUAAAGCAUGAAGUGGUCGAAUCCCAAGGACUAUUGAUAAAGCAUGUUGGUCGCCUCUACAAAUGCGAAUGUAUUCUCCCAAAGUCAAAUCCAAAAGGCUCUCCCCCUUUCCUCCAGUAAUAAUGACUUUUGAAUAUGCAUUUGUUCAUCUCAAAACCAUAAGAUAUUAAAUUUUUGUACAGGGAACCAAAAGAUUACUGAUGAAAAAAAAAUGCUUUAAACUUACUCUCAUGCGCACAUGCUGUUCAGAAGCUUGCAUCUACUGUGAGAGUUCAAAAGAACGCAUUGAUUGGGUUUGUUUAACAGCAAGCCGCAAGAUAGAAAGAAAUCUAUACUAUAACGAGAGAGUUGGGGCUCUCCCAGCGCGCUACGUCAGCAUCCUGUGGGUCUCACUUUCUUAAAAAAAAUGUUAAACGAGUGGGCUUUGUAUUAUAGAUUGUGUUGGUUCUUCUUAUUAAACUGGCCCAAAUCUUACAGCAGGUGCUGCAGAAUUAGGUUUUGUAUUAUCACGGCAAUUCUCCUUUUUAGUGGGUCUACAAAAGUAUUAAAGUCAAAUAAGUUUAUUCGAUUAAAAUUUUAUCUUUCGUGCCAAAAAAAAAAUCCAAUCGACAGUUCGACAUCUCCAUCUACUCUUUGAUCUUUCGUCUUCCCCAAUCCCCAAUUUGAAAAAUGGAACAUCUGUGCUCUUAUUUAUCAGAGCUUUAAAUUAGGUCAUGUACCCUUCCUUUCUUGCCUUUUCAGUGCUUCUUCUCCGUUUCUCCUCCUCUUCCAAUCUACAAACUUUUUUUUUUGUUAAAAUUUGGAAUCUACAAACGUUGUUACAACAAAGCAUCGAUUCUCAGGUUAACCAGAUAUGCUCACUUAGGAUGCUCCAAGAUGUCGUCAACGUUUAUAAGAAGGGGCUUGACACGGAUCCAAGCAACGUAUUGUUACAAUCAUGUUUGGCAGACGAUCAAGUUUUUGGGUCGAGUCCUCACACUCAGAUCCAUUUGGGAUGCUUUCCAAUGGCUUGAGAUGUCGAAGAACCUAACGACAGGUUCUUCUCAAAGGUUUUUUUUUUUUAAGCAGCCAGAGUUCGUAAAUAUUUGGCAGGCGAAGCAGCGGUGGAUCAGGAGAAAUAAGACAACCGUCCGCUAGAGAUUUGCUUAGACAAGCUCAGCUCAAACAUAAAAUAUUCGAAGAUGAGUUUGUGAUCAAAUCAUUUUACGAGUCAGAGAAAGCUCAUCAUGGACAUGUAUGUCUGAAUAUGAUCGAGCAUAGAGAGACGCAAGGCUUGCAAACAAUGUCUUGAAGGAGAAAGAAAAGCAUAGAUAAACUGAGGGUUAUCAUAUCGAUCUGUCACACAACUUCUGCAAACCAUUGAUAGCACAAAGUCAAAUGUAUUUCUUUUAAUUCAUAUCAUUGGUGUUUUAUACAGCCAACGGAUGGUGCAAACUGCAAUGUUGGAGUUUGAGGUACCGUGUCCAGAUGAUUGUCUCCAUAGCAUCUGACUCUGCGGAGUUUGUAGCUUUCGACUCUGAUAUAAGUAAGCUGACUAAUUCAGAGCGGCAGAGAUUUUCUCAACAAAUGAACGCAUGUCUCUGAGAUCCCCCAGAGUUGGGCCUUGCCAUAAUGCAUCGAGGACAUUGUUGGUCGCACCUGCUCCCUCCAGUUAAAGCUCUCUCGGCUCAAAUUCUUAUCUAAACAUCAGAGAAUUGUAUCUCGCAUUUACGAUACUCACCAGUGUCGACCACAACCAAUUUUGAGAACCAAGGUGGUGUUGACAACCCCGGUGAUGAUAUGCUUGGUGGUGGAGCUGAUAACAGAUGCCAUCCAGCUGAGAACAGAAGUGACUUGGACAUUAGAGGCAACACUGCUGGGAAUGUUGCUGGGCAAACAUCUGCUCCAAAUGGAUGAAAUGAGGCACCUGUAGACUGUAGCUGAACAGAAAACCUGAGAGGAGACGGCAGCAGCUCUGGAGGAAAGGCGCUCGACAAAGAAGAAGAAAAAUGAUGAAAUUAUCAAGUUGGAAGAGUGAUUGACUAUGAAUUACGCUCACUCCUUGCAUUCCAGGUUUUUGAAAAUUUUCUCACAUUUCAUAAGAUAAGACUUUUAUUUUCCUAAAACGGUGUAAAUGCUUUUUGGUUAUUCUGACUCCCUUAUUUUA